GCUAUACACACAACACCAAUGAUUUUGUGUGUAGACUUUCUCUUUGGACUUCAAAGUUGAGAGUCUUAGACCAAAACGGCAAAACCCUCUCUGCCACUUCCACUCACAAACACCAUGAAGCCCUGUUAGAGAAACACCACACAUAACAAAAACUCUCUGCAGUAAGGAAAUAAGAAAGAAGCAUGCGUCUUCGUUAUUCCCACACCCUACGUCCCUUAUUAUUCACCUCCUCAAAACUCACCACCAUGACCACUCAAACCUUCUUCCACUCUUCUCCAUUCCCAAACCUCAAAAACACUCUCUUUUCCCAACGGCACCGUUUUCCCUGCCACAGACCCUUCUUCACCGUGUUCUGUUCCAAACCCAUUUCAAGGAACCCUCCAUUGCCACUCAGAACCAACGGCUACCACGGUGCCUCUCAAGCCAGCAUCCCUAGACCAGUUCAAUUGGAGAGCCCUGUGGAGAAGAAUAUGGAGUUGCAGUUAAAUAUUUUGAAAAAGAAGUUGGAGGCUAUUGGAGUGGAAACUGAAAUGUGUGAGCCAGGGCAGUACAAUCACUUGCUUUGUCCUGAGUGCCUAGGUGGCGACCAGGAAGAAAGGAGCUUAUCUCUUUACAUUGCACCAGAUGGUGGAUCUGCUGCAUGGAAUUGCUUUCGCGGAAAGUGUGGGUGGAAAGGCAGUACACAGGCCUUUGCUGGUAGCAAUUCUGCAAGAACUCAACUAGCCCCGGUUAAAAAGAUAAGAAAAAUCACAGAGGAGGAAUUGGAACUAGAACCACUUUGUGAUGAGCUGGUCACGUACUUUUCUGAGCGCUUGAUUUCAAAACAGACUCUGGAGAGAAAUGGUGUGAAGCAGAGAAAAUAUGAUGAUCAGAUUGUGAUUGCAUUCCCGUAUCAUCAAAAUGGAGGGCUUAUUAGUUGCAAGUAUCGAGACAUCAACAAAAUGUUUUGGCAGGAAGCAAAUACUGAAAAGAUCUUUUAUGGAUUAGAUGACAUUGUGGGACAUAAUGACAUCAUCAUUGUCGAAGGUGAAAUGGACAAGCUGGCAAUGGAAGAAGCUGGCUUCUUCAAUUGUGUCAGUGUUCCUGAUGGUGCACCUCCAUCAGUCUCCUCAAAGGAGGAGUUGCCACCUCAGGAUAAGGACAAAAAGUAUCAGUAUCUGUGGAACUGUAAAGAUGAACUAAAGAAGGCAACUCGGGUUAUACUUGCCACUGAUGGGGAUCCACCUGGUCAAGCCUUGGCUGAGGAGCUUGCACGCCGCAUUGGAAAAGAAAAAUGCUGGCGGGUCAGGUGGCCUAGAAAAUCAAGGUCAGACAAUUGCAAAGAUGCAAAUGAGGUUCUCAUGUAUUUGGGCCCUGAUGCACUCAAGGAAGUGAUUGAGAAUGCUGAAUUAUAUCCAAUACGUGGAUUGUUUAACUUCAGAGAUUACUUUGAUGAGAUUGAUGCAUAUUACCAUCGAACCUUAGGAUACGACAUUGGUAUCUCAACUGGGUGGAAUAAUCUGAAUGACUUAUACAAUGUUGUACCAGGAGAACUGACCAUAGUAACUGGAGUUCCUAAUUCCGGGAAGAGUGAGUGGAUUGAUGCUCUUCUUUGCAAUCUUAAUGAAAUUGCCGGCUGGAAAUUUGCACUUUGUUCUAUGGAGAACAAGGUUAGAGAACAUGCUCGAAAACUUUUGGAGAAACACUUGAAGAAGCCUUUCUUUAAUGAACGUUACGGUGAAAGUGUUGAACGGAUGAGUGUGGAGGAAUUUGAACAGGGCAAGCUCUGGUUAAGUGAUACUUUCUCUCUCAUAAGGUGUGAAGAUAACUCCCUUCCAAAUAUAAGUUGGGUUCUUGAUCUUGCAAAAGCUGCUGUAUUAAGGCAUGGGGUGCGUGGACUUGUAAUUGAUCCUUACAAUGAGCUGGAUCAUCAACGACCCCCAAACCAGACUGAAACAGAAUAUGUGAGCCAGAUGCUUACCUUAAUCAAGCGUUUUGCCCAACAUCAUGGAUGCCAUGUUUGGUUUGUGGCACAUCCUAGGCAGCUGCAUAAUUGGGUUGGGGAUCCUCCCAAUCUCUAUGAUAUAAGUGGAAGUGCACACUUCAUAAAUAAGUGUGACAAUGGAAUUGUUAUUCACCGUAAUCGGGAUCCUGAAUCUGGGCCUAUUGAUCAAGUACAGGUUUGUGUUCGAAAGGUACGGAAUAAGGUUGCAGGGACAAUAGGUGAAGCCAUGUUGUUGUAUAAUAGGGUUACUGGUGAGUACACGCCAUCUGAUAACAACAGACCAGCUGAUAGAAAGAGAUAGCAAUGAGACAAGUAAUAUUUUGGUAGGCUGUUAUAGUGGUCACUGAUCAGCAAGAAUGUUGUAUAAUCAAGUAACAUCGGAUACUCGGAUCGGAUCGUGUCUAAACAUGGCUACGAUUUUUUCACUUGGGGUGCCAGGUCGGGAUCAACAACAAUGCUGGAUAACAUCUUAACAUCGGUUGUGAAAAUUGGCUGUAUCAUAUCAUUAUUUGACUUGGUUAUUUGAAGAUCUUGUUUCCUAUAUGCAUCCUUUUAUACGUGUUAGGAUUACAUCUUAAUUUAAUUUUGAAGUACUGCAUUUUAAUCCUUGUAUAGGUAUAGAAAGAUUUCUUUGUUGCAAUCCCUUGGAUCUCAAUUGGACGAGAGCUAUAAUUGCUUUUUUAGAGGCUGUUUAUAAUUCUGCAAGUCCUAUUUUAGUCCAUGCAGUUCUUGACUUUAGAAAACACUCAUUUUAAUGAUUUUAUAAAAUUGUUAUUUGCUUUGGUCCUUA